AUGAUUGGAUCCGAGGCUGACAAAGCCAACAAGGCUCUUUUGAAGGACGUUGUGAGGCUCAUUUGGUUGGAAGAUAUUUCUGAUGACAAGAUAAUGAUCAAGCAACUUAAGUGCGGCGAAUGGUCUAAUACUCACAUUUGGACUCGUCACAAAGCCCUGCAGUUCCAAUUUAGCGACCUCUUUCAAAGCUUUCAGUUCUGCAGACAGCCAUUGUUCACCAUUCCCGUGUUUGCCGUGGCUGCCAACAAUCUGUUCAUGUUGAAGAAUCCCUUGACCAAAACUGUGGAUUUUCAUGGAUUUGAAAGAUCUAUGGUGGAAGAGUUCGGGAAAGACAUUGGCUUUCAAACUAAGUUGGUAUUUAGUAGGUUCGGCGAUAUCAAUGGAACAGACGCUUUGGGUUUGGUACAUUCAGGGAAAGCCGAGAUGACCAUGGGUUUCCUGUCCUUGACCCAUCUCAGGUCCAGGUACUUCGCCUUCAGUUACCCUCACGAAGACAGCUCCAUCGGCAUGUUCAUGCAACGACCGAAUUCUUUGAAGAAGUGGCUGGCCAUGGUUUGGCCUUUGGAUGAUCUCACGUGGUUGGCCAUCAUCGCCAAUGUCUUGUUGUUCACAGUGGCCUUUUGGCUGUGGCUCGGCCCUCGGCGAACCUCCAUCUUCAGCGCUUUUGGAGUGGUCCUGUCCUUUAUUCUGAAGAAAGGCCUCACCGGGUAUCAUCUCAACGGAAGAAUCCGGAGUCACAAGACCCGAUUGUUUCUUUUGGGGUGGAUCGCUGCCAUUGUGUUCCUGAAGAUCUGGUACAAGACCACUUUAAGGGCCGUCUUGAUCUCUCCUUGGCAGCACAGUCCCCCUGAAACUAUGGAGGAUGUACUCAAAGAGAAACCCACAUUGUUCGUUUUAAGUGGUGGAGCUCCGGACAGGUUCCUAUCCAAUCUGGAUGUGCCUGUUUUCAAAGAGCUGAGAAACAGUCCCAAUUAUAAACGAAUCAGUUACAAUGAUUUACCUCAGAUUAUGAGAAUGGUUCAAACGGAUACGUCCAAGGUGUUCAUAAACGGAGUCAUGUCCAACUAUGGACAAACCUUGAACCAGGUGUUCAACUCGGAAAAUGAAGUGCAGAAGAUAUUUGCUUUUGAAGGUGAUUGUUCCCACGUGAUAGUAUUUUGUAAUCACUUUGUGCUCAAACCAUGCGGACAUUUCACAUGUUGUAGGUCAGACCGGACUCGUUGUAUUAAAAGACACCAUUCGCCUUGGAGCAAAAACCUUCUUGGUGCGUAG